UUUUACUGACGCGACUACGACCUUUGCCUACUCCAAAAGUGUGGUAAAUUAAAAAAUGUCUCCUUACUUUGGUACUGUUGUACCAAAGCCAAGGUCAACGUUCGUAAAGACAAACGUGUCUUAAUUUAAAAAAAUUGUCACGCACCAUGGAGUCAUUGUUUUCAAAAGAAAUUAAAGUUCAUCCAGUCAAUGAUGGGAUUCUAAACUUUUUAUAAUGACAGUUGGGAUAUUUUGAUUUAUUUAGUGUCUCGGAGACGAUGUCGGUGCGUGUGUGUGCGGUUUUAUGUGUUCUGUUACUUUUAUUUUUUUCAAUAAAAUGCAAAGACACAAGGAUCGAGGAAGGUUACCCUAGAGGAUUUAUGUCAGUAUGUCCAGGGUCUUCUAAGCCAGCCACCAUCCCACGCAGUCAGCUGAGGCACCUGCACUUCGUGGUGCAAGGCAAGGGCGGCAGCAGGCAGGCCUACACGUACUGGCAGGCGAAGGGCAUCGCCACCGACCCUAGGGUUGACUUUCGUAGGAAGACGAUAGUAGUGGCGCUAGGCUACUUGGACGGCACAAGUUUCCCUAUCUCCGCGAUGUUUGCAAACGCGUAUGAGGCAAUCGACUACAACGUCAUCCUAAUCGACAAUCAGAGAUUCGCCACCGUGCAUUAUUAUUUGGCAUCGCGCCUGAUGCGUCCCGUCGGCAAACACGUCGCGGAGGUUUUAGUCGAACUCACUCGGGCAGGCCUCGAUCCGUGCAAGACUGAACUCCUCGGCUUCAGCCUCGGGGGGCAGACCGUCAGCUACAUAGCAAGAAACUACCAACAGAUGACAGGACGAAAUAUAUCGAGAAUUACAGCAUUAGAACCAGCUGGGCCUUGCUUUAGGACUUUACCUAGUAAAGAACGCCUCGACGCAUCAAACGCAGAUUUCGUUCAAGUUAUACAUACAAACAUAGACGGUUACGGAAUGGCAACACGGAUGGGACAUGUGGAUUUUUACGUAAACGGAGGCGAAUACCAACCGACGGACUUAAAUUUCCUCCCCUGUAGUUCGACAUGCAGUCAUUUCCGAGUCUUAACCUAUUGGUUGUCCGCCAUGAAAAAUCCCAGACAAUUCCUAGCUAUAAAAUGUGACAGUAUCCAAGAAGCGAGAGACGCUAUGUGCUACAAUAAAGAUCCUUUACAGACCAACGUUAUGGGUAUACAUAUAAAUAUACAUAAUCAUGGAAUAUUUUACCUGUCUACAAGCAAAAGCUACCCGUACUAUCUUGGAAAGAAUGGUUUGAUUCCAGAAUAUGUAUUUUGGAAGCAAAUUAGUCAUGUGAAUGAUGGAAAUGAAACAGAAGUGUAUACGUGAUAGUUUAUGACAAAAAUUUUAUACAUUUUACCUCAUUAUGAUAGUUUAAUUAAAUGAUAGAUACAAAUGGAAGUAUAAAAUAUCUCGUCAAACUUCUAGCUUGCUCUUCUUGCUCGCAGCCUUGCGCCACGUGCUCUCGUGGCGCAAGGCUGAGAAGUAUACAAAACCAUAUCCCAUUGAGGUUAAUUAUUAUCAACGCAGUUCGGCAGGUUCUAACUUAAAAGUGGACUAGAAGCUUGGCG